AUGUGUGAUUUUUUAGGAACAAAACUUACAAAUUACAAAUUACAUGAUAUAAAAAAAGAGUUUAGUAAAAAAAGAAAACAUUAUGAUGAAUAUGAUUUUUAUGUGUAUUACAAGAAUUUAUUAGCUUCCGAAAAAAGAAAAAAAGAAAGAAAGGAACAAAAAAAAAGGAAACACUCAAAUGAACAAGAGAAAGAAGAUGAAUUUAAACCUUGUCAUUAUAUAUCAAGUAUAUAUAAAAGAGUAAAAAAUAUCGAAAGAAAAAAUAUAUAUGAUUAUAUUGAUGAAGAUGAUAAUAUAUAUGAAGAUAUUGUUACUAAUCGAAAUUAUGGAGAAGAACAUAAUUUUACAGAUGACAUAACCUUUACCUUUUUCAAUGAAAAUCUAUCUUAUACCUUAUUAAGAAAUAAUAACUACAUUGAUGGUAUUCCCAUAGGUGUUAAUAUAAAAAUAAAAAAGGAUAUACAAAAAAAACAAUCUGACAAUAAUCAAAUUUAUUCACAUAUUGAAAAUAAUGAAAACAAAGAAAUAAACCAAAAAAAAUUCAAAAAUGAAGAUGGAAAUAAUUGUAAAGAGAGGAAAGGAAAUAAUAAAAUAAUUGGACCUCAAAUGCCUCAUAUUUUUGAAGAAAUCAGAAAACAAAUGAAAAAUGAAGAACAUCAUAAUUUUAGUGAAGAUAAUAUAGAACAUUAUGAAAACAAAUAUGUCAGUAUUUUAUCUUAUCAAAAUUAUAUGAUAUCAAUUAAAAGGAAGGAACAAAAAGAAUACGACAAAUAUAUACAGUUAACAUAUACACCCAAAAAUAAUUUUGAAGGAGCCUUUUAUGUAAAGAAUAAAAGUGAUAUAAAAGAAAUAAAGAAUAAUGAAUUUAAAUUACUUACACAUGAUUUUUUACAUAAUAAAAUGAUUCAUAACUAUGAUGUAGAAGACUGUGAAAGUAAAUAUAAACAAAAUGAAUAUAGACAGAAUAAAUAUGUUCAAAAUGGACACCAUAAUAAAUUUUAUGAUGAAAAAAUAAAUGAUGAUAAUAAAUAUUCAAAUAAUUAUGUAAAAAGUGAAGACAGUAUAUCCUUAGAUGACAAAUCAUAUGAUGCUGGUUUUGGAACUUUAAAAAGAAGAGAAAAGAUUAAGGAAGACACACAUUUUGUAUUAUAUAAAAAGAAUUCUUUAAUAAAAGAACAAGAUAUAUAUACGUAUUACAAAAAAUAUUAUGAAUCCCUUUUUGCAAAGAUCAAUAUAGACAAAACACAUAAAAAUAAAAAUUCCGAAAAUUUUAAAGAAAUAUAUGUACUUUAUAAUAAAUUGUUGAAUUUAAAUAAAGAUGAAACAUUAACCCCAAAUGAGUUGAUCAAUUUAUACGUUCCAAAAAAAAGUUGGAUACAAUUCAAUAAUUCACAAAAUAAAAAUACUGAUAAUAUGACAAAUCAAAUAUAUGAACUAAAGAACCAAAUAAAUUUUAAUAAUGACUUAAAAAAAAAAAAUCGAUUUUAUUUUUUUUGUAAAAUGAACGAAAAUAAAAAUGUAAAAAAUAAAAAAAAUAUAUUUAGUAUAAAAGAAAUGGAUGAAUUCAAAGGUUUAAUAAAAAAAUUUAAAACAUAUAAUCCUGAAUUCUAUGUUAAUGAAAUUAUAAAUGAAGAUUUAAAUACAAAUUUUCAAAUAUGCGAUUAUGAAUUUUCUAAAGUUCUAUGUGAAAAAUUAAAUAUUAAAAAUAAAGAUCAUAAGGAUAAUGAACAAAAUGAUGAAAAACGGGAGUCAAAAAUAAUUGAUGAUUUUUUAAAAAUUCCACAAUUUGUUUUCGAAUCAAUAUUUUGUUAA